AUGGACUUACACCGGGCAGCGUUCAAGAUGGAGAACUCACCCUACCUCCCCAACCCGCUGGCCUCCCCGGCGCUGAUGGUGCUCGCCUCCACCGCCGAAGCCAGCCGUGACGCUUCCAUUCCGUGCCAGCAGCCAAGGCCUUUUGGGGUCCCCGUGUCAGCAGACAAGGACGUGCACAUUCCCUUUACCAACGGCUCCUACACUUUUGCCUCCAUGUACCACCGGCAAGGCGGGGUGCCGGGAGCGUUCGCAAACCGUGACUUUCCCCCGUCCUUGCUUCACCUCCACCCCCAGUUCGCGCCCCCCAACCUGGACUGCACCCCGAUCAGCAUGCUGAACCACAGCGGGGUCGGGGCUUUCCGCCCCUUCGCGUCUACCGAGGACCGGGAGAGCUACCAGUCGGCCUUCACGCCGGCCAAGCGCCUCAAGAACUGCCAUGACACCGACUCGCCCCACCUGCGCUUCUCGGACGCUGACGGCAAGGAGUACGAGUUUGGCACCCAGCUCCCCUCCAGCUCCCCCGGCUCGCUCAAGGUCGAUGACACGGGGAAGAAGAUCUUUGCGGUUUCUGGCCUCAUUUCUGACCGGGAGACCUCGUCCAGUCCUGAGGACCGAAGUGACAGAUAUAGAAGCGACAACCAAAGAGGGCCCCAGGCGUCUGCAACUGCCACUCAUCGUAUGAUUUUAACUCUCCCCCUCUGCAAAAAGAAAGCGACGUUGUUUGACAGCCAGGCUCCCAUCUGCCCCAUCUGCCAGGUCCUCCUUCGCCCUGGGGAGCUGCAGGAGCACAUGGAGCAGGAGCUGGAGAAGCUGACCCAGCUGAACAUCAGUAAGAACUCCAUCCUGAAGGAUGCCAUGGCAGCGGGCACCCCCAAGUCAAUUUUGUUGUCGGCCUCAAUCAAGCGGGAAGGAGACUCUCCGACAGCAUCGCCCCACUCCUCGGAUGACAUCCAUCACUCGGACAGAUACCAGACUUUCCUGCGGGUGCGAGCCAACCGGCAGACGCGGCUGAACGCUCGGAUUGGAAAAAUGAAACGGAGGAAGCAAGACGAAGGGCAGGUAUGUCCCCUCUGCAGCCGACCUCUGUCAGGAUCCGAGGAGGAGAUGAGUAGGCAUGUGGAACAAUGCCUUGCAAAGAGAGAAGGUUCCUGCAUGACUGAGGAUGAUUCUGUGGACAUCGAGAACGAGAACGGCAACCGCUUCGAAGAGUACGAAUGGUGUGGGCAGAAGAGGAUACGGGCUACUACUCUCCUGGAGGGAGGAUUUCGAGGUUCUGGGUUUAUCAUGUGCAGUGGCAAGGAGAAUCCAGACAGCGACGCUGACCUGGAUGUGGAUGGGGACGACACACUUGAAUACGGGAAACCACAGUACACAGAGGCAGACGUUAUCCCUUGCACUGGGGAAGAGCCAGGUGAAGCCAAAGAGAGGGAGGCGCUCCGAGGUGCUGUUUUAAAUGGUGGCACACCCAGUACUCGAAUAACACCGGAGUUUUCUAAAUGGGCCAGCGAUGAAAUGCCCUCAACGAGUAAUGGUGAAAGCAGUAAACAGGAGACCAUGCAGAAGACCUGUAAGAACAGUGACAUUGAAAAAAUUACAGAAGACUCCGCAGUGACAACAUUCGAAGCGUUAAAGGCUCGUGUCCGUGAGUUAGAAAGGCAGCUCUCCCGUGGGGACCGCUAUAAAUGUCUCAUUUGCAUGGACUCUUACACAAUGCCCCUGACUUCCAUUCAGUGCUGGCAUGUGCACUGUGAAGAAUGCUGGCUGCGGACUCUGGGUGCCAAGAAGCUCUGUCCCCAGUGCAACACCAUCACAUCUCCUGGAGACCUUCGGCGCAUCUACUUAUGAAGGACCCAGCGGGAGGGCGGGACCCAGCUACUCGGCUCAGCUCAUCACACCAAGGGGGAGAAGAACGACGGCAACAAAAAAAAAAAGACGUUUUAAAAUGUAACGAAACAAACAAACAAAAAAAAAUAACACAGAGACUCCAGACAUGGACUUGAGGACACAGGAGCAGCGGGGAGCCUCGGCUCCCAGGUCCCGCGUGUGGAGGUCUCCUUCAGCAUCUGCAGCGGGCGCAACCAAACCCUUUGUUGUGAAGCCCCCUUUUUUAAAACCAGUAUUCCCCACCCACCCGUUCCCUGGAGCUGGCUUUGCAUCGCGGAUGGCUCGUGAGCCCUCCUUUGGACUGUGUUGUGACCACUCUGACCCCAGGAGGCUGGGGAAGGGACCCUUGACAGAAAGAUGUUAAAUAACCUGUAACUUGUGUUCUUUGUUCAGUUUUUGGUUGUUUGGUUUGUUUUUUUUUUCGUUUGUUUUGGUUUGGUUUUUGGUUUGGUUCUGUUUUGUUUUGGUUUUUUUUUGUGGUGUUCUAGUGAUAAAAAAAAGUUUAAAGAAAAAACCACACCCAGGCAGAAAUGAAGCACAUGUAAUAUAGAUUAUAUAUGUUUACAAUGUUGUGUAUAAAUGGGAUAGACUCAAACAUUACAUACUAAUAAGUUUCCCUUUUUUUUUUGGGUUGUAUUUUUUUUAAAGAAAAAAAAAUGAGCAGAGAACAUUAAACCCAUAUUUUUCUUGGUUCAGCAAAGUUUUGGCAUUAAAGUCAUUAGUUUAAAAAAAGUAUAUAUAUACAUAUAUAUAAUAUAAAUGGUUUAAUGUUCUGUGGUGUAUAUUUCCUCAUUCAGAUAUGAAGUUAACAGCUUUUAGUAAUGGCUGUAGCAUUGCCCAUAACUUACAGAACUUAUGGGGAGUAGAGGAGGUGGAUUUUUGUCAUUAGUUGUAGCUAAUGGGGCUAUUUAUAAUAGAAUCAUUAUCCCCGGAACGACACGGCUUUUAACUCCUCGCCGGGGGCCAGGGCAGGCCGGGGGGAUGCGGCUCGGCCCCCUUUGCCUUCCCCGGGCGGGGAAGGGGCAAGCAGAGCGGGGCAGCCUGGCAUGGCACUGCCCUUCCUCCCGGCCACGAGUCCCUGCCCGAGGCUCCGGCUUAACCCCCUUUCUCUCCUCCAGGGCCACCGGCUCGGCUUUGCUUUGCUUUCCUCCCCUCCGGCCGAGGACGCCGGAGCUGCUCCGCUCGCUGCGGGUGCCACGAGGCAGGACCGCGGGCACGCUGUCGCGGGGCUCCCCGUGAGCCUGCCCCCUGCAGAAGAGCAGAGAAGGUUUGGGGCUGGGGCACAGAGCCAAGCCAGCCCGGGCUCCUCGUCCCCACGGGCACCCCAAGGCCCAGGGCUCGCCCGCAGAGCGAGAGGACGGCAGCGAGCAGAGAUGCUGCCGGAGGUUCCCCGCAGCCCCGGCUUCUUCCACGCAGUGAUGCUUGUCCCUAUCACCCACAUCCUCAGCCUUAACCAAAGCUGCCAUCUGGCCUGUUUUGUUGUUUAUUUUUGGUUUUCAGGACCCAAGAAACAGAUGCCAAUCCGCUUCCCAAGGCGAACGUGUGCCCGCAGUGCGGAGUGCUCCCAGCCCUGCUCAGCGCAGCCCUGCCCCAGCUCACUGCGGGGUCCUCUGGGCUCCCCGAAACACGAGGACGGGGAGAUGGGGGCAUUCAUCUCCCCCUGAUCCCGCAGGGUGUCCCGGCAGCUCCAUUGCUGGCAGCACAACGAGGCAGAGCAAGGGGUGUUUCAAGGCGGUCUGGCAACCGCAACGCGUUCUCUUUGCUGGAUGCCCUGGUGCGAGGCAUCAGCCGGCACCGACAGCGGCUGGGGAGCUGGAGCUGGGAUCCCCGCACCGCUGGGUGCCGGGGGUUGGAGCAGAGGGCAUGGCUGGGGCAUGUCCCGGAGGUCCCACCGCCACUCCAUGCCAUGAGCUUGAUGCUUUUUUUAUAGAGCAGCCGUUUUCCUCGAUGUGUCUCCUAAGUGACCUCGGGAGGAUUCCACUGCAUCCCCCCCAAACCCAAGCAAACGGAAGGAGCUGUAUUUUAGAAGCAUCUUGGCAAAAAACAACGCUCCCUGGGUCUCCGUGUGCUCAGCUGCGUGGCAGCCCCUGACACGGGGCAGAUGCUGGCGGGGGCCUUUGGGGACUGGGGGAAGCUGAGCUGUGGCGGGGAGGCCUCUAACUUCCCUGGGGUGCCAAGGGCUCGGAAGGGGCUGCGGUGCGGGGCUGACGCUGCCGGUCAGCCCCCAGGGACGGGCAGGCAUGCAGAGAGUGGAGAAAAAUGGUGCUGGGCUGCGGUGCCCGGGUCUCGGGAAUGAAUUUGGGGUGUCCUAAGGGGCUGGGGGGGAGAGGGCAGGGCCCCCACCUGGCCCUUCUUUGGAGGCAGGGUUUCUGGUGGAUGUUGUGGACCAGCCACAUGCUCUGUGUACCUAUGUGUAAAACCAUGUGUAACUAGUCAUUGUUUCUUUGUUUUGGUUCUUUUUUUUUUUUUCUUUUUUUUAUGUUGUUUUGUUUUUUAUUGUAAAGCCAUCCCCUGUUUUCAAGGGGGGGGCUGAGGGGGGAAGGAUGGGGGGAGACGUCUCGUUUUGUAUCAGGCACCUGCCGCUUCCCCUCUUCUGUAACGAGUUUAAACCAUUUAAAAAAGAGAAAAAAAGAAAAGGAAAAAAAAAAAAAAGAAGAUUGGAGUUACCUAUCUUUGCCCAAAGAAUCCCAGUUGCACAAAGCGCUAUUCCGGUGUGUCGAUGAUUGUGUGUCGGUGUAUAUUAUACAAAGAGGUACUUGUCACUCCCGUUUGUAAACUACAUUUGACAUUAAUUAAACAAGUAUAAAUCU